AUGAAUUUGAGUAAACAAAUAAAUGAUUUGAAAUUUAUUAAAUAUUAUAAGCUCUUCAACUUUAACAAGAUGGGUUGCUGUCAAAAUCGACCCUUUAUGUAGUAGUAGCAUAAUGGGAAUCAUAAAUCUUAAACUUAUCCAAACAAAAUGAAAUUGGAGCCAUUGCUUAUCGCAGUUAUUGGGGACUCAGACAGAAUGGAUAUGAUGGAUGAAAUAUUCUUCAUAAAAUAGACAUCUAUCAAAGAAAUACAUUCACCAUGUCAUUUAAGAUUUCCUUCAGAAUCAGUAAUUAUAGAUUUGAGAUCUGGGACAUCGUUGGCAAGUCCUCCUCGACAAAAAUCAAGUAAGAACCUUAAUUAGAGGUUUCUUGAAAUGCUAUGA